AUGCCCAGCAAUAUUGGCCAGAAAUUACUCAACGCCCUGGGAGGCCAUUCAAAUCAUGACCCACCCCCGCAAUAUCCACCGCCACAUCAGCUCCCCGGUGGGAUGGUGAACAACGAUGAGCGCCCUUUAUCCUCUCCACCAAAUCGGGGUACCUACCCGCGCCUCGCACGAUUGUCAGACGGCUCAAUUUUAUCAUCAUUUACGCGGUUUCCAGAUGGCAAGCGAGCUCUUUGUGUGGCUCGCAGUAUCGAUAAUGGUCAGACAUUUGAGAAUUUCUCUGAAGUCACGCGCGCUGCGGGAGACGUGGAUAAUUUGUUCUUGGUAGAAGCAGCUCCAGGCAUGGUGCUAGCAGCUUUCAGGAACCAUGACCUGGGCCCUCAUGGUCCUACACAUUUCCGUAUCACGGUAUGCAGGUCUUUAGACGGAGGUCGCACCUGGCAGUUUGCAUCGCAGGCAGCCGAAAAGGGUGCCCCACUCGGGAUCUGGGAACCGUUCAUGCGACUCGGUCGACAGGGUGAGGUUCAACUUACCUAUUCGCAAGAAUUCGCACCGAAUAAUCAAUGCACUAUGCUCGUUGUCUCGAAUGACCAGGGCAGUUCCUGGAAUCCUCCGGUCUGUUUGCACGGGCAGAAGGAUCUCCUUCGCGAUGGUAUGAAUGGAAUCGCAACUACAUUUGAAAAUGGUCGAGAGGCGUUGGUUAUGGUGUUUGAAACCACACGCUAUGGAAAAUUUAGUGUGGAAGCCUUAAUAUCAUACGAUAAUGGAGUCUCCUGGCAUAGCCGCCAUGAAGUAUUCCGGCCUAAGCCUGGUCAUAAUGCAGGAUCUCCACAAGUUGCAUCUUUUGCAGAUGGUUCUAUGGUAGUUGUGUUUAUGACCGAUGAGGAUUCAUCCCAGGUGGAUUGGGUGAAGCAUGCUUCUAUCAAGGCAGUUUUUGCUGGGCCUCCACAGAAUGGACGGAUUCAAUGGAGCGCGCCUACUCUCAUUUCUCCUGCAUCUAGCUUUUGGCCUGGUGUGAUGGCAAUUGAUCAUAAUACUGCACUAGUCACUUAUGACCGGGGUGGUCCCUUGGCUAAGACGGUCACUUGGAGACCUUAG